CCGAGGGAGCAAAGGAGACGGCGCCCGGGUGCCCGGCUCAGGGCUCGGGGGACCUGCGACGCCCGGGGGAGGAGGACAGACUGUCGCGGGGUGGGCGCCGGGCUGACCGCACCCGCGGCUGCGCUCUCGGAUCCCAGGCGUGAGAACGCGCGGGGGCCUCUGCGCUCCCACCCUGGGUCACCCGGGUAGCUCGGUCCGCCAGCCCGGCAUAGCGAGGCGGCCUGCGGCGCACGCGAGGGCGAGCUGGAACAGCAAAGGGAUGCGGGGACAUUAGAGGCAGCAGAGCUGGAGGCUGCAUCUGGGCUUCACCGAAACUUCAUCCCGCCUGCUACGGUGUGGGUGAGCGAUUCGCUCUCCUGGAUAGCAAACAGCUACGAUAGCUGGAUUGCUUAGAGAAAGAAGCAAGCAAACUUCCAGCGGGGCUGUUCGGGGCUAGACCGAAGAACACCCUAGUCACCAGGGUCGUUGAUCUGACAGUGGCUCCUGUUUGUCAGUCCCACAUAAGAAGAAUCGCUCAUCAGGAGGGGAUCCACAGUGAGCUGAGGCCACCGACGCCAUGUUCUGUACGAAGUUGAAGGAUCUCAAGAUCACAGGGGAGUGUCCUUUCUCCUUACUGGCACCAGGGCAGGUUCCUAAAGAGCCAGCAGAGGAGGUAGCAGGAAGCUCAGAGAGCUGCCGAGCCACUCUGCCCAUCUGUCAGGACGUUUCUGAGAAGGAUGUACAAGGAAGUCUUCCUCAAAGAAAGACCAGUCGGAGCCGUGUCUAUCUCCACACUUUGGCAGAGAGCAUUUGCAAACUGAUUUUCCCAAAGUUCGAGCAGCUGAAUCUUGCACUUCAGAGAACACUGGCAAAACACAAAAUAAAAGAAAGCAGAAAACCUGUGGAAAGAGAAGACUUUGAAAAAAUAAUUGCAGACCAAGCUCUUGCAGCAGGCAUUCCUGUGGAGAUCAUCAAAGAAUCUCUAGGUGAAGAGCUUUUUAAAAUGUGUUAUGAGGAAGAUGAACACAUCCUGGGCGUGGUUGGAGGAACCCUCAAAGAUUUUUUAAACAGCUUCAGCACCCUUCUGAAACAGAGCAGCCACUGCCAAGAAGCAGAAAAGAAGGGCAGGCUCGAAGACGCCUCCAUUCUCUGCCUGGAUAAAGACCAUGAUUUCUUAAACGUUUACUAUUUCUUCCCGAAGAGGGUCACGUCCCUGAUUCUUCCCGGCGUCAUUAAGGCAGCUGCUCACAUCUUGUACGAAACCGAAGUGGAGGUGUCAUUAGUGCCUUCCUGCUUCUGUAACGAUGGCAGCGAGUUUGUUAAUCAGCCCUAUUUGUUAUACUCCGUUCAUGUCAAAAGCACCAAACCAUCCCUGUCCCCAGGCAAACCCCAGUCCUCGCUGGUCAUUCCCGCUUCUCUCUUCUGUAAGACGUUUCCAUUCCAUUUCAUGUUUGACAAAGAGAUGACAAUUCUGCAAUUCGGCAAUGGCAUCAGGAGACUGAUGAACAGGAGAGACUUUCAAGGAAAGCCUAAUUUUGAAGAGUAUUUUGAGAUUCUGACGCCAAAAAUCAGCCAAACGUUUAGCGGAAUCAUGACUAUGUUGAAUAUGCAAUUUGUGGUUCGUGUGAGGAGAUGGGACAAUUCUGUGAAGAAAUCUUCAAGGGUUAUGGACCUUAAAGGCCAAAUGAUCUACAUCAUUGAAUCCAGUGCGAUCUUGUUCCUGGGGUCACCCUGUGUGGACAGGUUAGAAGAUUUUACAGGACGAGGGCUCUACCUCUCAGACAUUCCGAUUCACAAUGCACUGAGGGAUGUGGUCUUGAUAGGAGAACAGGCCAGAGCGCAAGAUGGCCUGAAGAAGAGGCUGGGCAAACUGAAGGCCACCCUUGAGCAAGCCCACCAAGCCCUGGAGGAAGAGAAGAAGAAAACAGUGGACCUUCUUUGCUCUAUAUUUCCCUGCGAGGUUGCACAGCAGCUGUGGCAAGGGCAAGUCGUACAAGCGAAGAAGUUCAGUAAUGUCACCAUGCUUUUCUCAGACAUUGUUGGGUUCACUGCCAUCUGCUCCCAGUGCUCCCCGCUGCAGGUCAUCACCAUGCUCAAUGCGCUCUACACACGCUUUGACCAGCAGUGCGGCGAGCUGGAUGUCUAUAAGGUGGAGACCAUUGGUGACGCAUAUUGUGUGGCUGGGGGAUUACACAAAGAAAGUGAUACCCACGCUAUUCAAAUAGCUCUGAUGGCCCUGAAGAUGAUGGAGCUCUCUGAUGAAGUCAUGUCUCCCCAUGGAGAACCUAUCAAGAUGCGAAUUGGACUGCAUUCUGGAUCAGUUUUUGCUGGAGUUGUUGGAGUUAAAAUGCCCCGUUACUGUCUUUUUGGAAACAAUGUCACCUUGGCUAACAAAUUUGAGUCCUGCAGUGUACCACGGAAAAUCAAUGUCAGUCCAACAACUUACAGAUUACUCAAAGAUUGUCCUGGUUUUGUGUUUACCCCUCGAUCAAGGGAGGAACUUCCACCAAACUUCCCCAGUGAAAUUCCUGGAAUCUGUUAUUUUCUGGAAGCUUAUCAACAAGGAACAAAUUCAAAACCGUGGUACCAAAAGAAAGAUGCUGAAGAUGGCAAUGCCAAUUUUUUAGGCAAAGCAUCAGGAAUAGAUUAGUAAAAUAUGUAUGUGAUUGUUAGUCUUUGGGGUUUAACUCCUUCGAACAUGUGUGGAAUCUCUGAAAGCACUUUAGGAAGCAGAUGGCUAUAGAGCAGUAUUAAAAUUUCAGGAGCUAAGUCACCAUCUAUUUUUUCUUCCACUUAACAUGACAAAAUGUAUUCACUUUAAUACUUCAACUCUUCA